AUGAAAAACCUUGGAUUUGAUAUAGUAUUCAAAAACAGACAUGAACUCAGUAGAUAUAAAUCAGGGGGUUUAGUGCUUGCUAUUAAAAGGGAUAUUAAGCUGAAGUGGAAGACUAUUAAGACUGAGGAUGUACUUCAUGAUGAUGAUGAUGAUGAUGAUGAUGAUGAUGAUGAUGAUGUUGAUGAUGAUGGUUCACCAACAUUGUUAAAAGAUGUAAAUGAAUUUAGAGUGCUAGACUAUGACCCAUUGUAUUCAGAUAUUCAUUGUGGUAUUCAUGUACAGCUUAAAGUAAAUAUUGAGUAUGCAAUUAUUAACAAUGCCAAUAUAGCACCUGUGAGUAACUAUAAUCAACCAAGUAAGUGGAGAGCAUCUAAGGAAGAGGAUUAUAUAGCAGAAAUUGAUGAAAAUCAGGUAAAAGAGUUAAUAGAGCAGAUGGAUUCUAUGGACAUUGAAGAUAAUCUAUCAGAGGAAAUUAGUGAAAGUGAUAAGCAUUUAAGUGAACUAGAAAGUGCUACAAUUGAAUCUGGGGAAGAGGAAACACUGAAUGAGCCCAUUACAGAACAUGAAGUGUUGAAAGCUAUUAGAAAACUAAAGAAUGACAAGGCACCUGGAUAUGAUGAUAUUUUCUCUGACAAAGACCCCGAAACUUUCUUUGGACAGUUCGAGGACACAGCAGUACAUUUUGAACUGCCCCGAGAAGACUGGCCUUGGCUUCUUAAACCCAAACUCAGCCAAAAGGCUUUAACUAUUUUGAACGGCCUCGAAAACAACACGGAUUACGACUGUGUCAAACAGGGCAUCCUAGCGGCGUACUCCAUUACCACAGAAGGAUACCGUCAGUCUUUUCGAAAAAUGUUCAAAACUCCGCAACAAACCUAUCUAGAGUUUGCCUCAGAGAAACUGAGGGCUCUCAAGCGUUGGCUUAAGUCAGCCGCGAUAACCACGUACGACGAAUUAGUAAAUCUCUUAGCCUUAGAAGAGUUCAUGCGUAAGCUCCCUUACUCAGUAAUGUUACACAUCACCAACAAAGAAGAAACAGAUCUUCUCAAAGCCGCUCAGUUAGCGGACCUUUUCUCCCUGGUGAAUCGCAAGGCAACCUCAGACAAGCUGACCGAGACUCCUAGUGGUAAGAUAAACUCAGGUAACUCAGGGGUUGGUAAAAUGACCGGCAGUAGUACUGGACCACCUCUAUUUUGUGCUUUUUGUAAACAGCCGGGGCACCUCAUAAAGAACUGUCCUAAUCCCAAGUGCAAGAUAGCUCAAACAUAUCUUGCCAAGCCAGUUGCUUCCAUACAAGCUCUUCCCUCCUUCCCUGUACCUAAAGACUUAUUUGAGCCUUUCAGGUCUGUAGGCACCAUCAGCAUUGAUAAAAAGGAUCACCCAGUUAAGAUUGUCAGAGACACCUGUUCAGCUCAGUCCCUAGUGCUGAAGUCAGCAGUCCCUGGUAUUGAACAGUGUUACACAGGUGAGAAGGUAUAUUUAAAAGACUUCCAUGACCCCUUCCCCAUUGCAUUAGCUAAGGUACAUCUUGAUAGCCCACUAGUAAGAGGUGAAGUGAUAAUAGGAGUUAGUGAAGAACCAGCCUUACCCAUCCCUAAUGCUCAACUACUCCUCGCUAAUGACCUAGCUGGCAGUAAGGUGACUCCCCCUUUGGUAAUUAGUGACACAAUGCUGAUGGAUAACCCCACUGUACAGUUAGAAGAGCAACAACCAGGCUUAUUCCCUGUUUGUGUCACUACUCGUGCACAAGCAAGGAAAUCUGAUCAGUCUUUCUCACUUCCAAAGAAGAGCCCAUCCCCACUUGAACUCAAUCAAAUAUUUUCUGAAAAACUUCUCACUGAGGCUCAGCAGGAAGACACUACUUUGACUCAAUUUCAUGACAAGGUUAUCCCUCCAGAUCAAAUUACUCAUUACCCUGCCUUUUACAAACAGGAUGGAGUUCUCAUGAGAGUGUUCCGGCCCUCUAAGGUCCCAGAUGAUGCUGCUUGGGCAGAAGCCCACCAGGUGGUUGUGCCUACCAUACUCAGACAUUCCAUGUAUAAAUGUAGAACCCCUGUGACUGGCGCCCAACCAACCCCUAGAGUAGCUUCCUGUGGUACCAUUGAACCCCAGGAGGCUGAUUCAGAGUUAAAACCUGCCUCUGUGUGUUCAUUGAUGUAUGAUAAAUGUAUUACCACUGAGAUUGACACAAACACCAUACAUCCCAAGGACACGCAAAACAACACCUACAUUAUCCAACACUUAGAUGAUCAGCUCCGUCAUCUUUCAUCCUCUCGAGCACUGGAUAUCUCAAGAUUGAUCUCUCAGUAUGACGUGUUCGGUGACCAUCCUAAAAUCUGUAAUGUCCUCCGCCAUGAUGUGAAGGUGCUCCCAGGGACCUUCCCUAUCAAGCAGUCUCCCUACAGAGUCAACCCCCGGAAACGAGAACAGAUGCAGAAGGAGGUCCAGUACUUAUUAGAGCAGGGCUUGGCUAUACCCAGCAGCUCCCCAUGGGCAUCACCCUGCCUCCUAGUACCCAAGGAGGACGGACAACUGCGAUUCUGCACGGAUUACCGACGGGUCAACGCCGUCACCAUUCCUGACGCCUAUCCUCUGCCUCGGGUAGACGACCUGAUAGAUGAAAUCCAGAAUGUGCUCAGCCGUCUGCAGGAAGCGAACCUCACCAUGAAGCUGGCGAAGUCUACGUUCGGAGCUGCCACCGUCUCCUACCUAGGACAUCAGAUUGGACAAGGCUCCGUCCGGCCCAAGACCGCUAACGUCGACGCAGUACUGAAGUACCCAACUCCCACUACUCGACGCGAGCUCCGCCGUUUCCUGGGUAUGGCGGGUUUCUACCGGCGUUUCUGUCCAAACUUCGCAGACGCAGCUGGGCCACUUACUAGACUAACUAGUGGGAAUGUGGCGUACGAAUGGACCCCUGCCUGCCAACAUGCCUUCAAUCAACUUAAGAACUUGCUUGCUCGGGAACCGGUUUUGCGUGCUGCCGACUUCAGUAAACACUUCAUCAUACAUACUGACGCCAGUGAUCACGCUUCGGGUGCCGCCCUCCUGCAAGAAUCUGACGGAAUCUUUCACCCAGUCGCCUACCACUCCGAGAAGUUCAACAUCCAUCAGAAGAAUUACAGCACUAUCGAGAAAGAACUUUUAGCCAUUAUCUCUGCCAUCAAGAAGUUUGAGUACUAUCUUCAGUCCAACACCCAGCCACUCCAAAUCUACACUGACCACAACCCUUUGACUUUUCUCAACAGGAACCGCUUCACUAACCAACGUCUGCUACGGUGGUCUCUACAGCUCCAGCCUUACCACAUUGAAAUGCACCAUAUUAAGGGACUGGACAACUGCCUUGAUGACACUUUGUCUCGCCUUCCCACUACGCCUCGCAUCACUACCCGUCGCGACCCUGAGGACCCUAGGAUCCUGUUGCCGGGGAUGCAGUCGUGCCUUGUGAACCGGUCGAUGGAGGCAGCCGAGGGUCGAGCACUGCCAGAAGAACCAUCUACCGGGCCCCAGACUACACACGUUCUGGUGGAAUCAACCUUCACGGGACAGGAACCACCUCACUUCUCUAAUGACGCAGAGUCAUUCCUUCUGCGUCAUCCUAAGAAGGAGGGAAUGUCACACACGUGACUACUCUACCACGGAACCAGGUGCCUG